AUGCAGAAAAGCGCAGGAGGUAUUACACGCCACUUGCUUGGAGGUUUAUGCUGUUAUCUAAGAAGAUGCAUAUUUUCCGUUUUAUCGGUCGGUCCUUUGCCGAGUCAUAUUUCUUUCAUCAUGGAUGGGAAUCGAAGGUAUGCAAAGAGGAGAAACUUGGCAGAAGGUGAUGGACAUAAGGCUGGAUUUUCAGCUCUCAUGUCCAUCCUUAGAUACUGUUAUGAAUUGGGUAUUAAGUAUGUAAGUGUCUAUGCAUUCAGCAUUGAUAAUUUCAAAAGGAAGCCUGAAGAGGUUCAAACAUUCAUGGAAUUGAUGCGAGAAAAGAUCGAGGAGUUGCUUCAACAGGAAAGCAUUAUUAAUGAAUACGGUGUUAGAUUACAUUUCAUUGGAAACAUGCAGUUAUUGACAGAACCUGUCAGGGUUGCUGCAGAAAAGGCGAUGAGAGUUACCGCCCACAACCAAGAGAGAGUUCUUUUAAUUUGUGUUGCAUAUACAUCGCGGGAUGAGAUCGUGCAUGCUGUUCAAGAGUCCUGCAAGGAUAAAUGGAAUGAAGUUCAAGCAUCCAAGGAAGAUAAAGUUUCCAACUGUGAGUUUACAAGAACUAUUCAGGGCCCAAAAAGUAAUGGUAUCGAUUUGCAUUUUCGUGAUUCAUGUAAAGAAAAUGAAACAAAAGCUUGUAGAAGUCUACAUGAAGGAGUGGAAGGCGGGGAAGAGAAAGAUUACUUAUUUGAGCAAAAUUCAGAAAAACGUAGUGAUAAUUACAGUGAAGAUGAAAUCACACCUUGCAAUGAAGAGAGAAAGCACAAGCAAGGUGAGUUUGCUUCUAUAAAACUAGUUGAUAUUGAGAAGAACAUGUACAUGUCAGUGGCACCUGACCCGGAUAUCUUGAUUCGAACUUCUGGAGAGGCGCGUCUCAGUAAUUUUCUUCUUUGGCAGACUAGUGCAUGCCCUUUGUAUGCACCAGAAGUCCUCUGGCCUGAAGUUGGUUUGAGACACUUGGUAUGGGCAGUAUUGAAUUUUCAGAGACACCAUUUUUACUUGGAAAAGAAAAAGAAACAGUUUUGA